AUGGGUAAUGACGGUGGCAGUAUUCCGACUCGCCGAGAGCUCGUCCGUGAGGCAGCUCGCGCCCCAAGCACGGCGCAAGUAAAAGAGACACAGCGCGAGCAGCAAGAACACUGCUGGACUACAUGUCCGCUUUCACACAAGUCACUAUCCCGGCCAAUUGUAUCAGACUCAGUCGGGAAUCUUUACAACAAGGACGCUAUACUCCAGUUCUUGAUCCCCGGCGACGAUGUUGAGGGCAUCAGCUCCAAGGCCGACUGUGAAGAGAUCCUGUGCGGGCGAGUGAAGUCGCUCCGGGAUGUGGUCGAGAUGAAGUUCGAAAUCGAUACCGAGCUCACAGAGCACCCGGCCGGUCGUGCUUAUGCACCCCGUGAGCGCCGCGAGGGCUGGAUUUGCCCGGUCACCACAAAGCCGUUGGGCCCAAGUGUGAAGUCUGUGUACCUGGUGCCGUGUGGACAUGUGUUUUCGGAUGAGGCUAUCCGACAGCUUAAGGGCGACAAGUGCUUGCAGUGCAACGAAUCCUACACCGAAGAUAACGUCAUUCCCAUCCUUACAAUAAAAAAAGAAGACAAGCAACGUCUGAUUGAGCGAGGCCAUAAACUUGCUGAACAAGGCCUCACACAUUCCCUCAAAAAAGCUCCGGGCUCAAAGAAGCGCAAGAAGAAUGCCACCGCUGAGGGUGUAACUGAUGCCCCCGGUCCCAUUGAGCCUGCUGACUUGGUAGUGCCUAAGCAAUCCUCAGAUUCUAAAAGCCAAAGCAACACCUCCACAUCGGUGCCUACUACUGCUUCUGGCAAUGGAAUCAAGAACGCUGCUACUUCUUCGCUCACUGCCCGUGUGUUGGCGGAGGAGAAUGAGAAGAAGAAGCGCCGGAAGAUGAUGGGUCGGAAUGAAAAUAUCGACAGUCUUUUCUCCAAGAAGGACGGCGGGUCCAAGAAUCGUGAUUUCAUGACCAGAGGAUUUUCCAUAUCAUGA